AAAUGAGUCCUUGAAAGAAAAAAUCAAAAAUCUUUCUGCACAAGCAUCUAGAGGAAUAAAUGAUGCUUUAGUACGUAAUUUAUCUAAGGAAACUAAUUCGGAUAAAGACGAAAAUUUAAUUCCAAAAUUAUUACAGCACGAAAGUAAAAUCAAGAAACAAAAUGAUCUUAUCAAAAAUCUCCAGGAACAUAUUUCGGAGUUAGAACAGUUACUAGAUGAAUCUUGCAGAGAUAUUGAAGGAGUAAAUAAUGCUAAUAAUAAUCAACUCUCAACAGAAAUACAAAAAUUAAAUAAGAAGAUAAUGAGUAAAGAGGGUGAGAAUUUGAAAAAUAAACAAUUUAUUAAAAAUCUUGAGACUAAAUUUAAAGAAAAUGAAUCACAUUUACAAAAGACUAAGGAAGAAUUGAAUGAGGUUUUAAAUCAAAAACAAGAAUUAUCUAAAUAUGUUAGUGAAUUAAAAUCCAUAUUAGAUGAUGCUAGAACUGAAAUAGAAAAUACUAAAUCUUCAGUCGAAAAUCAAAAAGUGCAUAUGGAAAAAGCAUUGGAAGAAGAAAGGAAAGCUAAGGAAAAAUCCGAAAAAGCUAGACUUGCUCUUGAAAGCCGAGUUGAAAGACUUAUGGCUAAGAAAAAUAAUAAAUUUAUGUGCUUUUAAUAGUUUUUAUUUUUUUUAAAAUAUAACUGAGAUAUAAUAUAUAUAUAUAUAGAUAACUUUUAUAUUUAUAAUUAUUUUUUCGAACACUUUUUUUUUAUUUUUAUUAUUUAUUUAUUAUUAUUAUUUUAUAUAUUAUUUAUUAUUUAUUUGUAAUUAAUUAAUAUUUCACCCGUUGCAAGACA